AUGGUUGCAAGAACCCCACCAAAACUGAGGAAAACUUUAGCUGCUCUCAAUCCUGUUCUUAUUAGAGAAACACUCAACAAGGUGGAUCAAUGCAUGGCUCGAUUGCAAGAACUACAGUAUACUGUAACUGGUGGAAACAAGGUGGUGUCAGGGGCCAAUCUCAGCCCUCGUAGCACUAGAGGUUAUCUCAGAACUAGUCUCAGGUGCAAGCAAGAGUCACUCAGGAUCAAGAAUAGUUCCACAAGAAAAUCUCCUGCAGGAAAGUUUCCCUCAACACCAAACACAGGUGAAUGGAGGAGAAUGUCAUUGCCUGCAAUGCUUGUAGGAGAAACCAUUGGAGAAAUUUUACAUGCUAGUCAAUUUGCAAGAGAAGUUGUUUCAGCAGUUAGUUGCAAAACUCCUUCCAAAGAGGAUCCAAAAACUCCAAUCUCUCAAAGGCCAAACAAGAAAAUAAACCUUGAAAACACACAACUUAGGACUAGAAGGAAGAAAGAAAAGCAAACAAAACUACACAAUGAUGGAUCUCCCACACUUCAAAAAGCUCGGUCGAAAAUCACUUUUAAGGUUUCUCCACCAAAAGUUAGAGAUUUUGAUAGAGAAAAUAACAAGUAUUUGUCCUUGGCUAAUAGGGUAUCUCCAAGGAAUAGACCAUGGUCUAAAAAAGCAGUUCUUUUUCCCAACCCUUUGUUCAUGUCAACUCAUGCUUCUUCAUCAUCAUCACAGCUACAGCAGCAACAGUUUUGCAAAACAAGGUCUCCUAUCAUUUCAAGAAAUAGAGGAACAACAACACCGCACAAGUUUUUGGUCAAGUCUCCACCUUCAAAUUCCAAAGUCAAGAUCAAAAGCACAACUAGAACUAGUAAUGUGUCGAUUUCACCACACAAGUUUUUGAUAAAAUCUCCACCUUCAAAUUCAAAAGCCAAGCUCAAAAACACAGCUGUGUCUAUUUCACCUACAAGACUUGCAAGUUUGAGCAAGAAUUCUCCAAAGAGAUCGACUGCGUCUAAAUUUCGUCGAUCUUUCUCUCCUUCGAGACUAGCUACAAGAUUAGUUUCUCCAUUAAGGAGCAAGAGAACUGCACAGAAGAGUGAUGGGAUUGUAAGUGGACUGAAACAACGCCCUGCAUCAACAAUUCAAUUCCCUGCUAGAAGAAUUUAA